AUGGAUUUGCCUGAUCCAUAUUUGCCAGGAGCUAUAAGUCUAUUCGAGCAAUUAGACAAGAAACUUGUAGUUGUUUUACGUGAUGGUAGGAAACUCAUAGGCUAUUUGAGAUCAAUUGACCAAUUUGCAAACUUAAUUUUGGAAGAUGUUGUGGAACGAACAUUCGUUGGAAAACAUUUUUGUGACAUCGACCAAGGCUUUCUGUUGAUUCGAGGUGAAAAUGUUGAACUGGCUGGAGAACUUGACGAGUCUGUUCCAAAUCCAUGUAUACAAGUAACCCCUGAAGAGUUACAAAGACUAGAGGAGAAGGAAGCUGCCGAAUUAGACAAACCUGUAGAGAAAUUCAAAGGAAAACUGAAUCCCGACGAAGAUGGAUUUUAG